AUGAAUUGUACCGUGAUCCCUUGGGAACAAACAGAAGACGUGCCAAUUUUUGAACUGCAACGAAACAAUUUUUGUCGUUCGGAAUUUAGCUUUUUAGAGAUUUUGGAUCCUUGUAUUGUAGGGAUAACUGUGAGAAAUUUGGCUAUCCACGCAUUGGGUACUGUGGCCGCGGUUCUUGCUCCAGCCAUGUUAUUGGGCGCUCUUGGAAACUGUCUACUACUCAUUCUACUGAUCACAGAAAUUCGUCGACCACGCAGCCUCGAAGUAUGGGGUUGUGCAAUUGUAAUGGUUGAUCUAUUCUUCUUCCUGAUCAGUGGCUGCAUUCGAAGCCUGCUACCGAAAUCACGUGCUUGGUGGGGUACACAUUCGACACCUAUUUACAUGACCGGUUAUAUGUCCUGUAAAAUUGUGGCCCUAGCCCAUGGUUUUGUUUUAUCUUUGAGAGUGAAUAUGAUUUUCUUCUGGUUAUUAGAAGAGUUGUCCGAUUCUUAUAACCUCAGUGCCGUGAGGCGACGCACUCGAUCCAUACUUAUAAUUACCAUAGCAAUUAUUGUCAGUUUAUUGCUUGCUAUUCCCAAAUUCGCUAUAACCGGACUAUGGAUUUAUCAAAACUCGUUCACUUGUUCUACCGAUCCGUUUUGGAAUAGAGACUUCUGGAAGUUUUAUGGACGUCAUCAACUCAUGUUUAUCGACGGUCUCGUUCAGACCCUGGCCGGUUUGCCAUUAUGUUAUUGGCUUUACGUUCGACUACGCUCGACCAGCCAUGCAAUAGCUUAUUUAGAACAAUACCCUCGAACUGCGGACAUAAUUGGUUUGAUCAAGACCAGUCUAGUAUUGGAAUCACUGGACGUUUGUCGUAAUCAUCGUAUUGUUUUGGUCUACGCAGUNNNCCACAUUUCCGAUGCGCAUAUCAACGGCCGUGAUCGGCUGGGUUUUGGAAACCACAAUGCAACCACGAAGAACGAUGCGUGA